UCUUCACAACUUCCGUCUGCCGAUUUAUACUUCCGCCGGAAGUCUCCCCGUCCUCUUCUACCAAGCCGAUCCAACAUGGGACGAGUUAGGACUAAGACGGUGAAGAAGGCCGCCAGGGUCAUCAUCGAGAAAUACUACACUCGGCUGGGAAACGACUUCCACACCAACAAGAGGGUGUGUGAGGAGAUCGCCAUCAUUCCCAGUAAAAAGCUGCGCAACAAGAUCGCUGGGUAUGUGACGCACCUGAUGAAGAGGAUCCAGAGAGGUCCAGUCAGAGGAAUCUCCAUCAAACUGCAGGAGGAGGAGCGAGAGAGGAGGGACAACUACGUACCAGAGGUUUCGGCUCUGGACCAGGAGCUGAUCGAAGUUGAUCCCGACACCAAGGAGAUGCUGAAGCUGCUGGACUUCGGCAGUCUGUCUAACCUGCAGGUGACCCAGCCCACCGUCGGCAUGAACUUCAAGCAGCCACGAGGAGUUUGAGCGUCUGUAAAGUAUGUUUAAUAAAAAGCGUUGGGACAAA